AUGGAGGCAGCGAGCCAGUCAAGCCCAGCCAAGCAGCCAGCCAGGCUGGCCCGUUCGGUGGGCCGCUCAUCUGCUCGUCUGCCCCCGUCCAGCCAUUGGUCGGUUGCAGAGCUCCACUUUGCGCGUUCUACGCUCCGCGUCCGUUCACCGCCCGUCGCCAUUGCCAUCCAUCUCGCGUGGAUCGCACCUGCAACCGCCGCAUCAUCCUCGGACGACAAACACGCUCUGCAUCUUCGAGCUAGCCGCGUCUCAGCACUCGUCCCGCGCAGCCACGGCAUCAUCGGUACGCGUCAUACCACCGUCCCCAUACCCGCUUGCACCACCCCCGAGCAAGCGCUAGCAUCAACACUUUGGAUCGAAGAGCGUCCCAGCUGGCCCUUCCUCCACCAUGUCCAACGCGCCGCUCAACGGCGUCAAGCUCAACCCUCAGCCACGUCACGUCCGUCACCCUCGGGUCCUCUCGUCUUGCAUCUCGCAACACAUCUCCAGCCGUGCGGCGAGCUCAACACGGCAUUGCGUCUACCACUCGCGCCCGAUGAGGAACGACUACGUCCGUGGCUACGCCCUCUGGCUCUGCUCUCCGCGUCCUCGUUCUUUCAGCUGACAUUUUUCUUUCUCCUUGUGCUCUUCAAAAUUGCCUGCCCGCCAUCCUCGAUCCGUGUCUCUGGUUUCGCAGCGCUCGAUGACCCCAACAAGGUGAUCAAGGUCCUUGCCUCGGACGGCAAGACCGCCGAGCAGCGAGAAAUCGCCUACACCAACUGCAAGGUCAUCGGCAACGGAAGCUUCGGUGUCGUCUUCCAGGCAAAACUCGUGUCGCCCUCGGGCUCCGACGCCACCGAAGGCUCCAGCAAAGACAGCGAUGAGGUCGCCAUCAAAAAGGUUCUUCAGGACAAGCGCUUCAAGAACCGCGAGCUCCAGAUCAUGCGCAUCGUCAAACACCCCAACGUCGUCGACCUCAAGGCCUUCUUCUACUCCAACGGCGACAAGAAGGACGAAGUCUUCCUCAACCUCGUCCUCGAGUACGUCCCAGAGACCGUCUACCGUGCCUCGCGCCACUACGCCAAGCUCAAGCAGACCAUGCCCAUGCUCCUCAUCAAGCUCUACAUGUACCAGUUGCUACGAAGUCUCGCCUACAUCCACUCCAUCGGCAUCUGCCACCGCGACAUCAAGCCGCAGAACCUGCUGCUCGACCCCUCUUCCGGCAUCCUCAAGCUCUGCGACUUUGGCUCCGCCAAGAUCCUCAUCGCCGGCGAGCCCAACGUCAGCUACAUCUGCUCCAGGUACUACCGAGCUCCCGAGCUCAUCUUUGGCGCCACCAAUUACACCACCAACAUCGACAUCUGGUCCACAGGCUGCGUCAUGGCCGAGCUCAUGCAGGGGCAACCGCUCUUCCCCGGCGAGAGCGGCAUCGAUCAGCUCGUCGAGAUCAUCAAGGUGCUCGGCACGCCCUCGCGCGAGCAGAUCAAGACCAUGAACCCCAACUACAUGGAGCACAAGUUCCCCCAGAUCCGACCGCAUCCCUUCUCCAAGGUCUUCCGUCCGCGCACGCCGCCCGACGCCAUCGACCUCAUCUCGCGACUGCUCGAGUACACGCCCAGCGCGCGUCUCACCGCCGUCGAGGCGCUCUGCCACCCCUUCUUCGACGAGCUCCGCACGGGCGAGAUCCGCAUGCCCAACGGCCGCGAGGUGCCCGCGCUCUUCAACUGGACCAAGGAGGAGCUUUCCAUCCGACCCGACCUCAUCUCGCGGCUCGUGCCCCAACACGCCGAGGCCGAGCUCCUCUCGCGCGGUAUCGAUGUGCACAACUUCCAGCCCGUCCCGCUCGAGUCGCUCAAGGUCACCCUCGACUAA